CAGAACCCACUUCACUAAUCCCACCUUUUGACUGCCUUGAGAAACCCUAAGAGUGGCAUAUGGUAAGCCGUGUGACACCAGCCUCGCCGGAAACAGUGUAAGAACCUGUGGACCAGCGAUAAGAAGAAGGUAGAGCAAUGGAGGAUGACUUUAAGACCUCCACUGUGCAUCCGCCGCUCGGGUCUCGGAUUUGUGUGAAGAGUUUGCCAAAAUAUGUGGCGGAGGACCACCUUCGAGAAUUGUUUUCUCAGAAAGGAGAAAUUACGGAUGCAAAGAUAAUGAGAACCAAGGAUGGUAAGAGUAGGCAGUUUGCUUUUAUUGGGUUCCGGACAGAGCGUGAAGCUGAAGAUGCUAUCAAAUACUUUAACAAGUCUUACAUUGAUACUUGUAGGAUUACUUGUGAGAUUGCUCGUAAAGUUGGGGAUCCAGAUAUUCCUCGUCCUUGGAGUCGGCAUUCUUUGAAAAAAGAAGAUAAAAGAACUGAUGAGGAGACAAAAAUUGCUGGUUCUAAAAACUCAAGCCUUGCAGGAUCUAAAGGAGAGAGAGAGAAUCUUAAAAAGAGUUGUGAGAAUGAUGACCCUAAACUUCAAGAGUUUCUUCAGGUCAUGCAGCCACGUGUGAAGUCAAAAUUGUGGGCCAAUGAUACAUUAAUAACAUCUACAGCUGACCAAAAUGGUGAUGUCAGCAAGAGGGAAACUCAAGAAAAGGAGGAACGCAAAAAGAAAUCAGUUCCAGUGCACAUUGAGCUAGACGAGUCUGACAUUUCUGAUAAUUAUGAAGCUGAAAAAUCACCUAGUCUUGGUCAUGAUGAAGUCAUUUCAGAUAUGGAUUACUUCAAGAGCAGAGUAAAACAAAAAUGGUCAGACUCAGAAAGUAGCGACGAUGAUCACGACAAUGAUGACAAAGAGGAUGAAGAGGAAGGCCUUGAGAGCCAGGAUACUCAUGAAGUAGAGGAUAAAGAGGAAGGCCUUUCACAGGACCCUGAUGGUAAAAUACCUAAAUCAUGUCACCCAUCAUCAAGUUUGAAAGAUGAUAAAGAUGAAGUUCUUGAGACUGGUCGCCUUUUUGUCCGCAAUCUGCCAUAUACUGCAAUUGAGGAGGAUCUGGAAGGCCAUUUUAGUAAAUUUGGUGAUGUCUCACAGGUCCAUAUUGUUAUUGACAAAGAUACAAAACGGUCCAAAGGAAUAGCUUAUAUUCAUUAUGCAGUUCCAGAAUCUGCAGUGAGGGCAUUAGAAGAAUUAGACAAUUCAAUUUUUCAAGGCAGAUUAUUGCAUGUUAUGCCAGCAAAACAAAAAAAAAAAUUCCGAGCAGCAGGAGUAAGUAGCAUUGACGUUCAAACUUCAAAAACUUUUAAGCGAAAAAGGGAGGAAGAGCGGAAGGCAUCUGAAGCUAGUGGAGAUACUAGAGCAUGGAACAGCUUGUUCAUGCGCCCUGAUACAGUUGUCGAAAACAUUGCUAGGAAAUAUGGUGUAAGUAAGAGUGAUUUACUUGAUCGGGAGGCUGAUGAUCUUGCUGUACGUAUAGCUUUGGGAGAAACUCAAGUGAUUGCAGAGACUAAAAAGGCUCUUACAAACGCUGGAGUAAAUGUAGCAUCUUUAGAGGAUUAUGCUGCUGGGAAAGUUGAUAGUGUGAAAAGAAGCAAGCACGUUCUGUUGGUGAAGAAUUUGCCUUAUGGUUCUUCUGAAAAUGAAUUGGCGAAGAUGUUUGGCAAAUUUGGGGGUUUGGACAAAAUUAUUAUCCCUUCAACAAAAGCAUUGGCCUUGGUUGUAUUUCUUGAACCAGCUGAAGCUCGUGCAGCUUUUAGAGGUUUGGCGUACAAGCGCUACAAGGAUGCUCCACUAUAUUUGGAAUGGGCUCCUGCAAAUAUUCUUAAUCAAAGUUCAAUAUCCAAGACUGAUGAAAAGAACAAUGCCAUUGGUGAGCAUGAUGCCAAGAGGAUCAUGCUAGAGCAACAAGUGGAAGGAUUUAUUGACAUGGAUAUUGAUUCUGAUAGAAUUGAGUCGCGAUCUCUAUUUGUCAAGAACCUGAAUUUUAAGACAUCUGAUGAGAGUUUGAAAAAGCAUUUUAUUGAACACGUGAAGAAGGGAAGGAUUUUAAGUGUCAAGGUGAAGAAGCACUUGAAAAAUGGGAAGAAUGUGUCAAUGGGUUUUGGUUUCAUUGAGUUUGAUUCCGUUGAGACAGCCGCCAAUGUUUGUACAGAUUUACAGGGAACUAUUUUGGAUGGACACGCACUUAUCUUACAACUUUGCCAUGCUAAGAAAGAUGAACGGGUGCAGAGAACAGUGGAGACGGAUAAGAGUUCAACUAAAUUAGUUGUAAGAAAUGUGGCAUUUGAGGCAACAGAUAAAGAUCUGAGACAGCUAUUUAAUCCAUUUGGCCAGAUUAAGAGCCUAAGGCUUCCAAAGAAGUUUGGACAUCAUAGAGGGUUUGCAUUUGUGGAGUAUGUUACAAAGCAAGAGGCACACAAUGCGCUUCAAGCGCUUUCAAGCACACAUCUCUACGGUCGGCAUCUGGUUCUCGAGAGAGCAAAGGAAGGUGAGAGCUUGGAAGAAUUGCGAGCUAGAACAGCUGCUCAAUUUGCUGAAACUGGGCUUCAGAAUCCAACCAGUUUAUCCAAGAAGAGGAAGCACAUGGCUGUAUUGGAUGAAGAAACAAUGAGGUUUGAAAAGAGUGCCGAUUAGCAUUAUAAAUUAUAAGUUGAGAUAAGUUGGGAUUAGUCGGGAUGCCAUUCCGGACACCCGGUGCCUAUACAAAAGAAAAAGAAAAAAAAGUUGGUAGAGAUAUAGAAGAUCCGGUUAGGUUCUUUUCCAUCAUUGCCCUGUAUUAUUAUAGUUAAUUAAUUGAGGUGUAAAUUGCGGUUUUUUUUCUUGGGGCCUCCAUGUAACUCUUCUUUUGUUGUUCCCAUUUUUGCUUGUCUGAUUUCGCAGAUACUUGUCUGAUUUUGUUAUUAUUAUUUUAAUUUUUGUAACUCA